AUGGACCAGCAGACGCAGCAGCGACGCAGCCGGAGGGAGGUGAGCGCCUCCGAGGCCGCCCAGGGCGUCUACUCCCUCCACGAGCGCGACGACGUCCGCCACGCCCACACCAUCCGCACCGUCACCCCCGACGACCCGCCGCCCUCGCAGACGACCACCACCUCGACCGCCACGGCCACGAUCCCCGAGGACGGCCUGCCCGUGCAGACGUUCCAGUCCCCGCCCAACAGCCCCCGCUCCCACAACAGCCAGCUCUCCAACUCGCAGCGCACCGCCAACCCGCGCCAGUACGUCGCCCGCGCCUCGAGCGACUCCGAGUACCGCAAUGCGCGCGAGCAGACACGGCCCCGGACCCGCACCCUCGAGGAGCGCAGCACCCGCGAGCGCUCGCCCUCGUCCGUCUUUGGCUCCGGCCGCCACCGCAUCGGCUCCGUCGCCAGCAACCAGAGCAACUACCAGAGCCUCGAGGAGUCCGUCGUCACCUCCAUCGGCCACAUCUCCACCAUCUCCCCGCCCCAGCAGCCGCCCCGGACCUCAAGCACCAAUAGCCGCAGCCGCCUGACCAAGCAGCAGCAGCAACAGCAGCAGGCCGCCCACCGCUCCACCUCGCCCGUCCUCUCGCCCUCCAAUGUCCCGCCCGACUCGUGGGUCUCGCCUGUCCCGGCGUCCGACGCUAAGAAGCUCAAGGCCCUCAUGCGCUCCACGUGCGGCAAGAUGCAGGGUCUGCUGGCCUUCCGCCGCGGCGAACCAAACCCCUGGGGCCUGUCGUACUGCUACAUCAACGACGAGGCCGGCAGCCUGGUCUACGAGCCCAAGAACGACACGUCGUACACCCGCACCCUCAUCCCCGAUCUCCGCGGCUGCCAUGUCAAGAGCGCCUACGACGGCGAAGCCUACACGGCCUACAUCCACGUCGUCGUCCACAACUCGAAGCUCGAAGUCCACCUGCGUCCCCCGACCCAGGAAGAGUUCGACUCGUGGUUCGCCGCCCUCUUGUGCUGGUCGCCCAUGCGUCCCAAGGGCAUCCAGAACAGGAUGGCCAAGCCCCAGGCGCCCGUCAUGAUCGAGCGCCGCCUUCCAGACAGCCGACGGCAUUCCGAGGUGUCGCUCCUCAAAGACUCACCCAAGAAGGAAGCGCCCAUCAUCAAAGUCGGCAAGAUGAUUUACUGGGACACUAGUGUAACAUACAGCAGCAAUACAGGCACCCAAAAGAACAAUGGGCCCGGGGGACGCCCCCAGGCGUACAGAGUCCAGAGCCACGGAUCCCGCCGCUGGAGAAGAGUGUCGUGCACGCUCCGUGAGAACGGAGAGCUCAAGCUCUACUCCGACACCGAUGUCACCCUUGUUUCCACCGUUCAGCUUUCCCAGCUUUCCCGAUGUGCCGUUCAGCGAUUGGAUCCCUCCGUUUUGGAUAACGAAUUUUGCAUUGCCAUAUAUCCCCAGUAUACCGCUGCUUCUUCUCCUGCAUUAACAAUCCUGCGUCCCAUAUUCCUAUCGCUAGAGUCACGAGUUCUGUACGAGGUCUGGAUCGUCCUCCUACGCGCCUUCACCGUUCCGCAACUAUAUGGCCCCAAAUCGCCGGACGCCAUGACCGACGAGGGCACUUUGUCACCGUCUUUCGGCACCCAAGACAUGUUCCGCAUGGAGAAAUCAUUGUUCGUGAGGGUCAUUGAAGCGAAACUCAUUCCGCCUGUAAGCCCCAAGGUCUCGGAUAGCAACGGAACGACCCCAAUACGACCGUCUUCGUCUGCUACAACCAACCCGGGUGGCUAUCUCGUUGAAGUGCUACUAGAUGGAGAGACACGUUCACGAACUACGGUCAAGAGCGAGGGCAACAAUCCGUUUUGGAGAGAAGAGUUUGAAUUCCUGGAUCUACCCGCUCUACACACUGCUUCAUUACUCCUGAAAAAGCGACCGCCGAGCUACAACCGCACCGAAAAGAGCGGUUUCGAGGCCACCAACUCCGACCCAUAUGUCUCCGAGGGUGGUUACGCUGGUAUCUCUUUCGAUCAGACUGUAGGAAAAACCGACAUCUAUCUGGACGACCUCGGCCCGAAUCAAGAGACGGAGAAGUGGUGGCCGCUUAUCAACAUGUAUGGAAACAGUGUCGGCGAGGUACUGGUCAAAGUCAGCAGCGAGGAAUGCGCGAUUCUCAUGGCUCGCGACUACUAUCCACUUUCGGAACUUCUCCACAGGUUUUCCAACGGAAUAACACUUCAGAUCGCCCAGAUGAUCCCGAACGAGCUCAGGAGGUUAUCAGAAUAUCUCUUGAACAUCUUCCAGGUGUCCGGGGCAGCUGGCGAGUGGAUAUGCGCGUUAGUCGAAGAAGAGAUUGAUGGCACAUUGAAAGAGUCACCUGCUAGUCGGUUACGGUUCAGUAAAAGACUGGGAUCAAGUGAAUCGAAUGAAUCCUCGCUGGCCACCUUUGGUUCUGCGAGCGACCGCGAGCUCUUCGUUCGCGACAUGGGCAACAAUGCCAAACUGGAGGCCAAUCUGCUCUUCCGCGGUAACACCUUGCUUACGAAGUCACUGGAUUUGCACAUGAAGCGACUUGGGAAAGAGUACCUGGAGGAGACUCUGAGCGAGAAGCUGAGAGAGAUCAACACCAAGGACCCUGAUUAUCACCCCAAGGUCAAAGCUCGAAGAACGUUCACGCUCAUUGCAAAGUCACUGCAAGGUCUGGCGAACAUGUCUUCAUUUGGCACAAAAGAAGCAUGGAUGGAGCCCAUGAACCAAUUCCUCACCACGCAUCGGCAAGAGUUCAAGAAGUAUCUCGACGAUAUCUGCUCAAUAUCAACCACUUCGCAACCCGCACCGCCGAUACCGCCAUCUUACAGUACUCCGAUCGCGAUUCUUCAUCGUCUGCCUCCGACGUUCAAAGAAGGGUUCCCAUCAUUACCAUACCUCAUCGAUCAUUCACGCAACUUUGCAAUGCUAGUCAACCUCUGGCUAGACAACACACAGAAGAGUGCGCCUGACAUACAAGCCACGGACGGUGAUCUCCUCCGUUUCCACAACAUCUGUCUGUCUCUCAGCGAACGCACCAAGGACUGCCUGAAUCGCGCUGAACCUGCCGAACGGCCGUCAUCGUCACUGAGUGUCAAGUGGGAGGAGUUGGUCGAGCAGCUACAAGGGGCGCAAAUCGACACGUCACGAGGUGCAGCAACGAGGAAUCGUGGACCAAUACUGGAAGAAGAGAUGGAGGAAACCCCGCUAUCUCCAGGCGGCGGCGAUGACUAUUCGUCUUCGUCCACCAGCACACCCAUCACCAUGCAGCCACCACCUCGGGCACGGCAUCAGCAAAAUUCGAGCAUCUCAGCAUCUCAGAGCUCUUUGAAGAGCAACAGCUCGGCCACCAUAUCUUACACCAAUCCCUUUGCGAAGAAGCAAUGGUCUGGUCAAUACACGCCGUCAGGGAACGACUCGGUAAAUGCUUCUCAGUCCGCGUCUGCUUCGGCCAGUGCAUCAGCAUCGGCAACCGAGGAUACACCACCGGGUUCCAGCGAUGGUCUUCACAUGGCCCCGGCGCCUUCCUACCCGCAAGCCUUGACUACGACGACGACGACCACGAUAUCUACAUCUACCUCUACACAGUCCUUCAACUACAGCAAUCCGAACUCUCACAUCAACCAACAGAGACCUGCCGCUGUGUCGACAAACUCCCUCGUCGGACGACCACCUCGUUCAGCAGGCGGUCAGAGUAUGGAAAACAGCGACAGCGGCAGUAUCGCAGAAGAGGAGUACACAACCGCACUCCCCGCCUUCUCCGAGAAAGCCACCAAGGAGAAGAAGGAACGCGGCUUCCGAGGCGUCCUCCCCUUCCAACGAAAAGGCAAGCGCAAGGAUAAAGACAAGGAAAAAGAGGACAAGAGAGACAAGGAACGAGACAAGGAAAACCGCAAAGACAAAGGCAAAGACAAGGACCGCGAUCGCGACCGCAGCGCCGAACGCGGAACCAGCGCCCUCGGCGGCCACCAGAGCUACAACGACAUGGGCAGCAUGCGCGGCAAACACACCACCCGCGGCGAAGACCGCGACGAGGAAUUCUGA